AUGAAAGAAGAUGAUCAUCCAGGAUUAUUUUCAUUUCGCUCCCACCGCCUCCGAAUCAGUUUCCUCCUAUCGAUUGCUUUUUGUGUGACGGUAUGCAUGCGAGUAAAUAUGAGUCUUGGAGUCACUUGCAUGGUCAACGCGACGGCUUUUGCACCGAAAUCGAUCCUACUUGACAACGAAAGUUUACCGACAAGAAGCUCAGCAAGUUGUCAUCCGAUCAAUGAUGAGAAAACAGCACAGAUUGAUGGAUAUGGAGGAACUCUCCUCUGGUCUCCGUCAAUGACUUCAAUUCUCCUUUCUGCUCCAUUUUAUGGUCAACUUGUUACAAUGACAUUUGCUGGAUACUUAGCGGAUCGCUAUGGACCGAAACUUGCUUUGAUGGGAUCUGUCGUGAAUUGUAUGAUCGGCACAGCGAUGGGUCCAUUUCUGGCUGUUCGUUCAUAUUGGGGUUUUUGGUGUUCGAGAGCGUUGCUCGGAGUUGGACAGACCUUUGUUUUCCCGAGCUGCAACAGCAUGGCCGCCAAAUGGUUUCCACCAGAAGAGCGAGCUACAAUUGGCGCAAUUUACACUUCAGGAGUUCAGGUUGCAGCCGGAUUUACGUCGUUCUUUGUGGCCGCUCUUUGCACUUCACCUCUUGGAUGGCCUUCUAUUUUCUACAGCUUCGCUUUAAUCGGAUUCAUCUGGCUCCUCUUCUGGAAAUUCUUUGUCACUGAUUUACCCUCUGAAAACAAAUGGCUCUCCGAAAGUGAACAGCUCUACAUAGAGAAAUCGACAAACUCGAAGAAGAACUCACAACAUUUUAAAGAACAAGUCUUCCCGUGGAGAAAAAUCCUGCUCAGCCGUGUCACUCAAGCUGUCUAUGUGUCCCAAUUCGCGUUCGGUUACUGUGCGGUGCUCAUUCAAACCUAUCUACCAUUGUACUUGAAAGCAGAGCUUUAUCUACCGAUUCACAAGAACGGAGUCUUUAUGAUCACUCCAUUCCUCUCGCAAAUCAUCUCAAAAAACCUUUUUGCAUUGAUCAGUGACUAUUUGAAGAGAAAUGGUUAUUUUGAUCCGACCAGUCUUGGAAAAGUCUUCCAAACAUUCAGUUGCCUCGGGGUAGCUGCAAGUCUCCUCGGAAUGAUCUAUCUUCCAUCGUGUGAGAAUUCUUGGGUUGUAAUCCCAAUUCUGACUCUUUAUGGUUCUGCAUUCUCGGCUUCAAUCCCUGGCUCUUUUGCCUCAUUGUUGACUAUUGCUCCACCGUACACUGGAACUGUUUCCUCGAUCGCGAUGGCCUAUUUGACGGUGGCUGGGAUUGGUGCCACGCAAUUAGUGACGAUUUUAGAGUUUCUCGAAUGGCCAAACAAAUGGACAAUUGUUUUUGCCACAGGAGCCGCUUUAAAUGUGUUUUCUUUAAUGGCGUUUUUAUUAUUUGGAGAAAUCAAAAUCCAAGAAUGGGCAGAGCUAAAAGAAGUUGACGCGGAAACUGCCGAAUUGAAAGGAUUAGUUCACAGC